GGCGCCGCCCCUACCCCAAGCUUUCAUACAGACUGGAAGGCCUAGUGUAGUGGGAAAGGAGGAAAGCCCUUGCACAUCCCUCCUCUGUUUAUAAGGGCUCCAGCUGGGGCUCAGAUCCCUGUGAGUACUGUAUUUAAAUAAUCUCAGUCCCCUAUUGUUAGCCAGCAGUCCUGGCCCCACCCUCAAGGCCAUGAAUCAUCCUGGCAUGCAUCCUAUCUUAGUGGCAGCGUCUAGAUCAGGUGGAUGUUUGUUUCUGGAAUGUCUCUGGGCCCAGAGGAUGACCCAGGGGGAAUCCUGGCUAGUCAUUUACUGUUCCCAUACACUUGUGACCUAAAGAAAGAAUGGAGGGGGCUGGGUGAGGGGUGAGGCUGCAAUCUUUCCUUAGAAAAGGGCUACACAGAGAGAAGGGAAAAUAGGCUCCUCAAGCAAGGACAUCCCGCAGUUUUUCAAGUCUCCGGGGCGGGCUCCUGCCAUGCCGCUGGUCCGCUACAGGAAGGUGGUCAUCCUCGGAUACCGCUCAGUAGGGAAGACAUCUUUGGCGCAUCAGUUUGUGGAAGGCAAGUUCUUGGAAGGCUAUGACCCCACAGUGGAGAAUACUUACAGCAAGAUAGUGACUCUUGGCAAAGAUGAGUUUCACCUACACCUGGUGGAUACAGCAGGGCAGGACGAGUACAGUAUUCUGCCCUAUUCAUUCAUCAUUGGGGUCCAUGGUUAUGUGCUUGUGUAUUCUGUCACCUCUCUGCAUAGCUUCCAAGUAAUUGAGAGUCUGUACCAAAAGCUACACCAAGGCCACGGCAAAACCCGGCUGCCAGUGGUGCUAGUGGGGAACAAGGCAGAUCUCUCUCUGGACAGAGAGGUUCAGGCAGUUGAAGGGAAGAGGCUGGCAGAGUCCUGGGGUGCAACAUUUAUGGAGUCAUCUGCUCAAGAGAAUCAGGUGACUCAAGACAUCUUCACCAAAGUUAUCCAGGAGAUUGCCCGCGUGGAGAAUUCCUAUGGACAAGAACGUCGCUGCUAUGUCAUGUGAGCCCUUGGGUGCUGGAUAUCUGCCUUGUUUCUAUCCCUGGCACUUGCCAGGCUCCAAAUGGGGGCAAGCCCUCCGGACUUCACCGGUAUGGAUGCCAACUGUGUUAUUGACCCUCUGGGCACACAGUUUGGCAUCCUCAAGUUUGCACACUUUCCCAAGGCUUCAGUGGCCUGGUUGUUAAUGUUUACAAAGGGGCAAGGAUGUCUCAUGGGCACUGGCCUCUAGCCCUCUGUUUUUGCUAAAUGAGUUCUGUUGGAACCUGUGGGCAUUUUUUAUCCAGGGACAUUCCUCCUGUGUAGCUUUUGGGUUUUGGUUGGAAAAGGGGAGCUGAGGACUUCUGAAGUAGAGCUGGC